CAUAUUUUAACGUUUAACAGGAAACUACUGUAAGACUAGACCAUGUCUGAUAAGAAGAAAUCUGCCGGUAAAAAGGAUAGUACGAAGAAGGAAAAAGAAAGAAAGAAUGCCAGUCUCAAAACAGUAAAAAGCUCAUUUAAUUGGUUUAAGAUUAUAACUAUCUUCUCCGCUGCAGUCACAGUAGUACUCUCUGCACAUCUUUAUAACACAGUCACAACAUCUAAGGAGGUCCCUAAACUGAAUGUGGAUGAGUGGUGGGGCCCGCUGCCCAUGAACCCUAAGCAGGAUCUGUCCAUCCGUCCGUACAGGAUUGAGUUUUCAGAUGUGAUCGUAAAUGACUUACGUGAAAGAUUGAUGCACAGAAGACCAUUCACACCUCCGCUAGAAGAUGUUGGCUUCAAAUAUGGCUUCAACACCAAUUUCCUGGCUCGAGUGCUGGACUACUGGCAGAAUAGCUAUGACUUCGCCAGCAGAGAGAAGUUUCUUAACCAGUUCAAUCACUUUGUAACCAAUAUACAAGGAUUAGAUAUACACUUUAUGCAUGUGAAGCCGAAACAUACUGAUGAUUCUCAGCACACAGUGGUGCCCCUACUCCUGCUGCACGGCUGGCCGGGCUCCGUCCGAGAGUUCUACGAGCUGGUCCCGCGACUGACGGCCCCGCGCGCCGGGAGUAGGGUUGUGUUUGAAGUCAUCGCCCCCAGCCUGCCUGGGUAUGGGUUCUCACAGGGCGCAGUCCGUCCCGGCCUAGGUCCACUAGAAGUGGCCGUGGUGCUUCGCAACCUCAUGCAGCGCCUCGGACACUCGCAAUACUACGUGCAGGGAGGGGACUGGGGACACUUCAUCGGUUCGAACCUGGCCACGCUGUUCCCGGGCGAGGUGCUGGGCUUCCACACCAACAUGCCCAUUGUGGCCUCGCAUCCGCUAGUGCCGGUUGUCACUAUUUUUGGCAUGUUCUUCCCAUCUCUAGUAGUGGAGCCAGAGCUACACUCUCGCAUGUAUCCGUGGGGACAGAAGCUCGCCUUCACUGUGGAGGAGACGGGGUACCUGCACGAACAGGCCACCAAGCCCGAUACUGUCGGAGUGGCCCUAACCGACUCCCCUGCAGGCCUGGCAGCGUAUAUCCUUGAAAAAUUCUCGACCUGGACCAACCCAGCCUUCAAGAAAGCAGGCGACGGGGAGCUACUGAACAAAUUCGCACUAACACACCUACUGGAUAACGUCAUGAUAUACUGGGCCACGAAUAGUAUAACUACGUCUAUGAGAUUGUACGCUGAGCAUUUCAGCAAGCGGUAUAUGGAGCAUAAGAUGGACCAAGUCCACACAACAGUUCCAACGUGGGGAAUAAAGUUCAAACACGAGCUAGGCUUCCAGCCAGAUUGUAUCCUGAAGCUGAAAUACAAGAACUACCUACACAGUACGAUAGUUGAAGACGGCGGCCAUUUUGCCGCGUUCGAACUGCCCGAUGUAAUGGCGGAUGAUAUUUUUAAAGCUGUCAACACUUUCAUUGAGUUCCAUGAACAGAAGAAAAAGGAAGCGGCUGAAAAACCCAUCGAUCCAGAACCACACAAGAAAGCCACAACCGUAUACGACUUUACUGUAAAAGACAUCAACGGAAAUGAUGUUAAACUCGACAAAUACAGGGGCCAUGUCCUUAUUAUUGUGAACGUAGCUUCUCAGUGCGGUUUGACCUCCACCAACUAUCAAGAACUCAAUGCAUUGUAUGACAAGUACGCUAAGAGCAGAGGUCUUCGUAUAUUGGCUUUCCCGUGCAACCAGUUCUUAGGACAAGAGCCAGGCACCGCCAAAGAUAUUUUAACGUUCACUAAAGAAAGAGGGGUUAAGUUUGAUUUGUUUGAGAAAGUUGAUGUGAACGGAGAUACGGCCCAUCCUCUAUGGAAGUUUUUGAAGCAAACGCAAAGUGGUACGUUUGGGGAUUUCAUUAAAUGGAACUUCUCCAAGUUUAUUGUGGACAAAAACGGCGUGCCAGUCGAGAGGUUAGCACCUAAUGUUAAUCCGUCGGAGUUGGAACCGCUCUUAGCCAAGUAUUGGUAGUGAAAUGUGAGCAAUAUUAUUUGUGAUAAAUAUGUAGAUAUGGUGUAAUUUUUAAAGCCAUAGGUUUUGGACCUUCGUGUCUAGUCAACAAAACACGAAUUCCAGGAAUGUUUAUAUUGUUUUAGCUUAAUAUGUAUGUGUAAGCAAUAACUAUAUGUUAAACCGGUGCAUUUAUACUGUUUAAAACUUGGUGAAGUGCCUACUUACCAUAAGAACUAGUUACUUAAAUGUUUUUUUAUACCAAACUUUUUUAUAAAAUAAAAGGGAAAUUAAAUUUUAAUACAA